CGGAACUCGUGCGCGUGGCAUGACCAUUGGCACCAUUUCUCACGAGUGAACCUACCGUUCUCUCUCACUGUGCUGUGGUGGUGACAUGGCGUCGUUAGCGGUAUCAAUAGCGAAGAAUGAGUUUAUCGUGGGUGGGAAGUACAGGCUGAUGAGGAAGAUCGGCUCAGGUUCGUUCGGCGAUAUUUACCUCGGCAUCAACAUUUCCAAUGGCGAGGAAGUUGCAGUCAAGUUAGAGAACAUGAGAGCCCGGCACCCGCAGCUUUUGUACGAGUCGAAGCUGUACAAAAUAUUAAACGGUGGUAUAGGAAUACCGCAUAUACGCUGGUACGGUCAAGAACGCGAGUACAAUGUUCUUGUCAUGGAUCUUCUCGGACCUUCUUUGGAGGAUCUGUUCACUUUCUGCUCAAGAAGGUUUACUAUUAAGACAGUCCUGAUGUUGGCGGAUCAAAUGAUCGGUAGGAUCGAAUCUGUUCACUGCAAACACUUCAUUCACAGAGACAUAAAACCGGACAAUUUUUUAAUGGGUAUUGGUCGGCAUUGUAACAAGCUAUUCCUAAUUGAUUUUGGAUUGGCCAAGAAGUACAGAGAUAGUCGUACAAGACUGCACAUAGUAUAUCGUGAAGAUAAAAACCUAACUGGUACUGCAAGGUAUGCUUCUAUUAACGCACACCUUGGGAUCGAACAGAGCCGUCGGGAUGACAUGGAAUCACUUGGUUACGUCCUCAUGUACUUUAACCGGGGAUCAUUGCCCUGGCAAGGUCUCAAGGCGGCGACGAAGAAGCAGAAGUAUGAAAAAAUUAGUGAGAAGAAAAUGUCAACGCCAGUUGAAGUCUUAUGCAAGGGAUUCCCCGCCGAGUUCGCGAUGUACUUGAAUUAUACGCGAGGCUUACGCUUCGAAGAAAGUCCAGAUUAUAUGUAUUUACGCCAACUCUUCCGCAUACUUUUCCGUACGUUGAACCAUCAAUACGAUUACACAUUCGAUUGGACGAUGCUGAAGCAAAAAGUAGGGAAUAGUACUAUCAGCGGUGGGGUAGCAACAGCUGGACCAGGUCCCUCUCAAGGUGCUCAAGGUACUCAAGGGCAGGGACAAAGCCAAGGUCAAGCAACUACUCAGGCCAACACUCAAUCAGGGGCGCGCUAAGAGUGUAACUCCAGAUCGUAGCAACAAUUUGGAUUGCGAUCGCUGAAAUGUUUUGUAUGGGAGGUACCAAAAACUUCUCACAAGUUGUUCAUUCAAAGAGUCGUAUCAAUCAAGGUUCUAAUUUCACUGUGCAAGAGGAAGAAAGAGAGAGCGAAAGAACGAAAGGGAAGGAGUGGAAGGAAAGGAGAGAGAGAGAGAGAGAGAACGUAUGAUUAAAAUUGCAAUAUUCAUAUAAUGCGACAUAACAAGACGUGUAUAUCACGUAAUUCACAAAGUUAUACACGACAUAUUUUGUGUGAUAUUGGUAACUUAGAGUUUCGGUUGAUUGAACUCUUUGUAUUGGAAACGCGAGUAAGACCCAGCCAGCUAGCUUGUUAGCCAAGUUCAAAGUGGCAUGUUCUUUAUUUUGUUACUAUAUAUUUAAUUUACCGUUAUUCAUUGAAAACGAAAUAAAGAUCUCGAUGUCCUGAAGAUGACUUGUAAAUGAGUUGAUUGACCGUUGAAUGACCUCGAAUACGAAUAGUCAGAUCAAGCUGGAAGUUUGCUGUAUAAUUUUUAUGAAAAGGAAGAAAGUGGGAGAGGACAUUCAGACCAUUCUUGUGGUAAUAAUAAUCCUGUAAAAUUUUAUAUCUAUACUUCUACAAGCGGAAAUGCGAUGCACGAGAAAAUAUGUGAAUGAGAGAGAAAGAGACAGAGAAAGAGUGUAUGUGUGCGUGUGUGUGUUGAAAGAGUGAGAGUAUGAGUACUAUCAUAAAAUAAACUGACAUUUUGCUUCCUAAAUUUUGUUUUCAGUAUAUAAUAUGAACAUACUACGUGGAGUGUUGAGAAAAUGUUAAUAUUUUUCUUAUCAGUGUGAUAUGUCGGCAACGCCAAAGAUAUUAUUCCACGUAUCUUUGACGCGUUUGAACUGAAUAACUUUUGUUUACAUGUAUAAACGAUAGCCCCCCCUCCUCCAUAUGAUAUUAACAUGAUUUGAAGGAUACCGUAAUGUUAAGGCAAUCGUCUAAUUUUUAAGUAUCUACUACCGUACUGUAUCGAGUAUAAACGAAGCGAGUGGCUCCAUGAAGAAACGAAAUGAUUAACGAUUCUAUAUCAUAAGGAUAUCCCCCGAUUUAUUCUCUUUCUGUCUGUGAAUAUGUUUAUUCAUUCGCGAUUGCGGAAAUAAAAUUAUUGUGAGAAAAGAGGGA